AUGCCUGCCACCAGCAAAGUUAUCUACAAGCCUGACUCCCAAUCUACGGAAGAGUUUACGGUAGUUGUAAACACCGAAUCGGCAAGUCCCAUCUUCAAGAAAUGGAAAGCUGGUGACAAGUAUUUAUGUCAAUCCCACUUGCGGAUGUCGUCGACUGUCCGUCUCUCCUUCCAAGUCUUCGUGUCGACCCAGGGCGCCCAAGGUGUCCUCGGAAAGCCUUCAAAUCAACAACUCGACACGGUAUUCGAGACACACAAAGAUGUCGACGUCGUAACCAUUAUUCUGGAGAAGGGUCGCGAGCAGAGCACAGACGGCGUUACAUCGUCCACAUUUACGGGUUCGAACGUUUCCCGUGGCAACAACGACCGAGGUGGACCCCGCGUAUGA